AUGUCUGUUAUCAAACUGCUGUGCGCCACAUUAGGGAAAGCUACAGCCUUUUUAGCAGUUUUGGUCGUCGCAGUCGCAGUUGUUCUCAAGGGUUUAGACGACCCAGAGCCAGUUCACAUCGCCAGAAUGGCUUCAGAUGUGAAAAGGCUGGAGGAAAAUUUCAGACAACAGAACAAGAGCUGUUUCAUCCUCGGAGCAUCUGGGGAAACUGGCAAGAUGCUGCUUCAAGAGUUACUGAUGCGCAACAUCUUCUCCAAGAUCACACUCAUUGGGAGAAGGCAGCUUAACUUUGAGGGCAAAGAAUUUGAAAACCUGGUUCAACAGGUGGUGGACUUUGAAAAACUUGAUGAUUAUGCUGCUGCCUUCCAGGGACAUGAUGUUGGCUACUGCUGCCUUGGAACAACUAGGGCAAAAGCAGGGGCUCAAGGAUUCAUCAGAGUUGAUCAUGACUAUGUGUUGAAAUCUGCCGAGCUCGCCAAAGCUGGAGGCUGCACACAAUUCCAUCUUGAGUCGUCAAGAGGAGCUGAUAAAAGCAGCAAUUUCCUUUACCUCAAAGUGAAGGGUCAAGUGGAAGCAGAUAUUAAGGCGUUGGAUUUUGACAGAUAUGCCAUUUACAGACCUGGGGUUUUGCUGGUUGACAGACAAGAGAGUCGUCCUGGCGAGUGGCUAGCAAGACAGUUCUUUAGCGCAGUCUCUGCUGUUUGCUCCACAUCCAUGUCCAUCCCCAUCCAAACAGUGGCAAAGGCUAUGGUAUCAAAUACUGUGCUCCAGCCUGAGCACAAGUUUGAAAUCUUGGAGAACAAAGCCAUUGCAACACUGGGAAAGAGUGACUAA